AGAAACCUCUUGUAUGAUAGCUAGUUAUUAGCGCUGCGGGCUCAGCCCCUAACAUUAACCCCUCAAUUAUAUAGGCUGAGCUGGAUGCCAAGAGCUGCAUUACCCCUCCAUGCAUCAACUCAGCUGAAUUGGUUUUGGCAGGGCUGGCGGGGUAUUUAAGCCAUGUCACCCCGCUGAAUCUCCCACUCAAACCAGCAAUUCCUUUAUCCUCAUUCCUUCUCCCAUUACAGACGACUUUCAAAAAAGCAAACGCCAUGUCUUUCGAACAAUCCUGCCUGGACAUCCGCAUCGAAGUCCGCGGUGACCACACUGUCCUUCUCGCCGGUGCUGGACUUGGUGAUGAUGAAUAUGAACCUGCAGAGCUGAUCCUUGACGAGCAUAUUGGCAACUCGGACGGUUUCUUCACCUGGGAAGGUGACUCAUUCACUGAAAGCGCUGAGAACAUCGACUUGAGUUUCCGUGAGGAUGGUGUUUGGUUGGAGGGGGAUCUGCCCGAGGUCGGUGACGGGGAAAGAGGGCGUCAGGGAAUCAACCUGUCUGAGCAUAUUGAGAACCAGAAUGGGCAGCUGGUGUUUGUUGGAUUCUAA